CAACCUCUUUUGGUGGCCUGAAGUUUGCAUGCUGAAAUCACAGUUUGAAAAACAAAAACAGUGCAUUUACAUCCCUCAAAUGCAGCUGCCUUGUUUCAGCGUGGGGCCAAAGCAAACAAGGCAAGCCGCGUAGAACAACACGCGGCGUAACUCGCCGCUGAAGAGGUCACUUAGGACCGCAGCUUUGAAAAAACAAGACCCCAUUUUAAAAAAAAUAAACGGAGGUGGGAUAUACAUAUCAUGGGGAAUUAAAGCUGCAAACAGCAACAAACCGAAUCCUCUAAAUAGGCGGUGCCCAAGUCUGUUCCUACGCUAUAAAUCAGUGAUUUUUUUUCUUUUCUUAAACGACCCCUAAAUACUGCCAAGGUACUGCUAAAUGGCUACAAAACAUGUGUUUCUUAUUAGACCCCUGUAUAAUACACCCAUCCCUCAAUUUUGUAUAUCAAAUGAGCACAAACUUUAACCACUGUCUGAAAACAUGACAAAAUGGCAAGUUUCUACGUCUCACUGGGAGACAUUUCAAGAUAUGCAUACGUCAUUUGUUGAUGUAGACGUGUCCAUCAGCGUGCAGGGACACAAUAGCGAAAGAGGCAUGCGAGGAGCAUGUGAUGCUCGCACAAGGGGGGGUGUGGCCCCUCAGGUACUCACGGCGGAGGUAAUGCCUCCCAGGCAGCACAAUGAGUCAUUCUCAAACACACCUCAGACGCCACGCAUGGAGGACGCAGGGCUCACCGGUUCCACCUGACCUCAGAAGACGUUGGUGGGAAGGAGCUCGAAUGCGCCAGGAUCGCACCGCCGGGAAAGCCGAACUCGUUUGACCGCCUUGAGAAACAAGUGCUGGAUUUGGACACGGACAGCCUUCUGGAGGAGCCAAAGAGAAUGCCGGUGGUCAAAGUGGAGAAAGACGCUCCGGCGGACGCAUCCUCGGCGGUCGCCGACCCUCCGGAGGAUCAGCCCCGAGGUCGACGCAGGAAAAGACCCCUGCAGCGAGGCAAGCCGCCCUACAGCUACAUCGCCCUGAUCUCCAUGGCCAUCGCCAACUCCCCGGACCGCAAGCUGACGUUGGGCGGCAUCUACAAGUUCAUCACGGAGCGCUUCCCCUUCUACCGGGACAACUCCAAGAAGUGGCAGAACUCCAUCCGUCACAACUUGACGCUCAACGACUGCUUUAUCAAGAUCCCCCGGGAGCCGGGGCGCCCGGGGAAAGGCAACUAUUGGGCCUUGGACCCGAAUGCCGAGGACAUGUUUGAGAGCGGAAGUUUUCUGCGGCGCAGGAAGCGCUUCAAGCGAUGCGACCUGAGCACGUACGCCUCGUAUGUGCACGAGAAUCCGGUUUUCGCGCCGGUCCAGAUCACCAGGUCGCCAGCUUACUCCAACGCCGUGUACCCGAACAUGACCCUGAGCCCGUCCUACGGGCAGCAGCUGCCCUCGUCCUACUACCCUUCCCCGUCACCGCCCGGCUUCGGCCCGGCUCAGACUCGCAUGUUCAGUAUCAACAACCUAAUCGGACCACCGGGCGGCAUGCUGGGAGCGCAGGGGCCGGACGGAAUGCAGCAGCCUGUCCGUAGUUUCACCCCCGAGGGGAUCCCCAACGGAUCCAGCCCCUGUAGCGUGGCGCCGCCGGGUUUCCAGAACCAGACGUGCGGAGGGGCCGCCCCGACCCGCUCCUCCAUGCAGCCGGGUUUCGCCUAUUCCGGACCCAGCGGUCAAUCGCACCACCACCACCACCACGCCACCCCCCAGGGCCUCUACGGACAAGGCCACGGCCAAGUGUACGCCGCGUCCGGUCGCGUGGGCUCCUCAGGGGAGACGGCGGACCCCUACGGCAGGGUCUCGCCAGUGCAGCUGGGGUCUUUCUCCCAGUACAACAGUGCCACCGCAGGGGGUUACCUGCGACACCCGUCCUAUACCGGGAACAUGGACAGGUUUGUGUCCGCUAUUUGACAGCUAACGGCAUAUAAGCACCCUGUAAAGGACAAGGUACUACUUGAGACACGCUUUUCUUCCUGCCCCUUUUCAUCUCUGUCCCUCAAGAUUCUCGACGAGGACAUCAUCAUUCCGUGGCGUCCAAACUUACGAAUACAGGAAAAUGGAAGGACUCAAGGGCCCCUUUGACAGUCCCCAUUUUUAAUUUAUUUGACAAGCCAAAACUAGUACAUUAGUGGAGGGAAAAGAUAUGCUAAGGAAUUGUAUCGGUGUAAGCAUUUAAAUGUUUCAAAAGCUGGACGAUAACGCAAAAGUCAAACAUUUUUGGGAGCUUUUAGGGGGAGGGGGUCGGGCGGGGGGCGCAGCCCUGUAUCUCACUAGAACAGAUGCACCCCUGUAAAUAGCAGCACCAGAAUCACAUCUCCACAUUCACAGCCAAAACAACUUCAAGAAAAUCAAGUCAAGAAAGGAGGGCAAACAACGGCACCUCGCGCCGUUUGCUGCUGUAACUGAAUUCUUUGUAGUCGGUGAGGCUUUAUGAAUAAAGUUUUUGUAAAUCUAGACAAGCUCUGUCUCAAACCAACGUAUGAACAUUCUCACUUCUGCCUUUCCGACCACCAUUGAAAAUGCAAUGUGCACAAACGACACGUUGUCAUCUCAAAUAGUCAUUUUUGUCACGGGCCCCUAAAAACAGUCAGCUUGCUACAAAUGGCCCGCGGGCUGUAGUUUGGAUAUCAGUAUCAUCAUUUCCAAUCACAGCAAAGGUUUUCUGGUCUGAUGCCCUUCAAGAAACCAUUUGCAGCCAUGGGGCGAGACUCGGCUAAUACUAAAGACUUAUUCACCAGGAAGUACAUUUAUUUUCGGUUUCACAAUACGGCCGAUACGUCUGUUUAAUGCCACUGACCGCGCCAGUCACAAAGAAUACUUUGUGAGACAUUAGCUGGCACUUGCUAACCCAACUCCCUUCCCACUUGAGUUGGAUGCGGUUUAACGUCACACUCCAGUACACCCAUUGAGAGACACGUCUGUCGCAUAUUUCUUUAUGCAUUCCUGAGGACACCGCGAUUUGUCAACUGAACCUGACAACCCCUUUUUUUUCCACAUUGGUCAUGGUGAGCCAGAUGUAGAUAAUGGCCUAUUUGCAUUGUCAGCGGGUGAGCAUCUCGAUGGACACGUUUUGAUUCCGUUCAAUCCUCAAGAGGUCCUUUGAAAUAGCUAACCACAAAUAUUGUGAAGUUUAGCUCCAUGCUUCGAAUGUUAAAAUGAAGUCAACAGAUCAAAAAGAAAUAUUAACUUCAAGGACUCUACAUGGAUAUACGUGAAGAUGCUGCACGCGUGUGCCGUGGCACAAGUAUCCCGUUAAAUUUGAUUCGACAGAAAAUGACGACCCGUUUUAAAACAACUUCAGCGUGUCUUGAAACAUUUACUGAGUGAAUUUGAUUAUUAUGUAGAAUGCGGACUUCUUGGAGAUAAGACGGAUGAAGUUGUGACAUUGAAGAUGAAAACACAUGAUUUUCUUUUCAGCAGAUAAAACGUCCAACAUUGAGAGUUUGAUCAUCCAAACGGUAAAAACUGUGUAAAAUUUUCGCUGCAUACUUUGAAUGGUAGAAAACAUAUCGUCAGCUGGAGGACACAUUAAGCACAGUUCAAAUUGAAAAUAUAAAGCAUCGCACUUGGAUAUCUUUUAUAAUAUAAAAAGCAUUUCCAAUGAUUUGGGGGGGGGGUUUGUAUGAUUUUUUUUUCUGGUCUGGCGAUUUUUUUUUUAAUGCUACAGAAAUUACCAUUGUAGUUCUUUUAUAUUAGUACUCUGGCAAAUUGGAAUUAUACUUAUUGUACACAACCUACUAUGCAACACUGAUAGCCACACUCACGUAUUUCAGUCGGAAAACAUUAAAAGGGCUUUGACUGUGGAAAAAUGGUGCCAUCAAGCAGACGAAUCAAAGGCAGUAGUCCAAAAUCUUAAAACAAAGACUGUCCUUCGUUGAAGCAAAGAUAUACCUGUAUAUGUGGAAAAACGUUCCUUUUUAAAUGGGACUUUCUUUUGUGUCCGUUUUUUUUUGGCUUUGCCAUUAUAGGCUAAUUUAAGGAACAGAAUAAUUGAUUGAUGAAUAGAGCCAGGAAAAUACAACCUACAGUCAAAAUGGCUUGAAAGUAAUGAGACAAAACGUUCAAUUUUUUUUGUUAAGUUAUUGGGCUUGAUGGUCAAAGGCUUUGCAAUAAGUGGCUUGUAUGAAGAACGUUGUAUGCAUGGUGUUGCCAAAAAAAAAAUACAGUUAUGUUGGAAAUUGUAGCUGAAAUUUUUUUAAGAGUACAACAUCUAAAUUAAACUGGAUUUCUCCCAAA